GCGAGUAAGAUGGAAGAUGAGGAGGUUGCUGAGAGCUGGGACGAGGUGGCAGACAGCGGGGAAAUAGAUAGACGGUUGGAAAAAAGACUGAAGAUCACACAAAAGGAGAGGAAAUCCAAAUCUCCUCCCAAAGUGCCCAUUGUGAUUCAGGAAGACAGCCUUCCCACGGGGCCCCCUCCACAGAUCCGCAUCCUCAAGAGGCCCACCAGCAACGGCGUGGUCAGCAGCCCCAGCUCCACCAGCAGGCCAGCCCUUCCAGUCAAGUCCCUGGCACAGCGGGAGGCAGAGUACGCCGAGGCCCGGAAGCGGAUCCUGGGCAGUGCCAGCCCUGAGGAGGAGCAGGAGAAACCCAUCCUCGACAGGCCAACCAGGAUCUCCCAACCCGAAGACAGCAGGCAGCCCAAUAAUGUGAUCAGACAGCCCCUGGCUCCUGAUGGGUCACAAGGCUUCAAACAGCACAGAUAAAUGUGGACAAGAAAGGAUGCUGCUGCUGCCACCGUCACUGCCUUCUGGGUCGUCCGCCACGGGUCGCACUGCCGUGGCAGACAGCUGGACUUGAGCAGAGGAACGACCUAACUUACCUGCACUGUG